AUGCUACAAUUUGAUUAAGAAAAACCAAUAGGGAAUUUAUAUAAAAUUACUAAUAAGCUUGGAAGUGGAUCAUUUGGUGAAGUGUUCAAAGGAGUCAACAUGGAGACUAAUGAGCUGGUGGCUAUUAAAUUGGAAAGUUAAGAAGCUCAGAUGCCUCAAAUUAAACAUGAAUUUUAAAUAUUAUCUGCAAUUUAAGGAAAUGGUAUUCCUAAAGUACAUUGGUUUGGGCAAUGGGAAGAUAAAACUGUGAUGGUUAUGGAAUUACUAGGCUACAACUUAGAGUAACUCUUCAAUUUAGUGAACAGAAGAUUCGAAUUAAAGACGAUGUUAAUGCUUAUAGAUUAAAUGAUAGAUAUCAUAUCUCUCCUCCAUUCAAGAGGAUAUUUAUAUCGUGAUAUAAAGCCAGAAAAUUUCCUGAUGGGAAUCAACAAAAAAUAUAGCAUAAUCUACAUAAUUGAUUUUGGUUUAUCAAAGAAAUACAAGGAUAAAAAAACUGGUGAACACAUUCCUUACAAAGAAAACAAAGGGUUGAUUGGAACUGCCAGAUAUGUUAGUCUCAACACUCAUCUUGGAAUAGGUAUGCUAAUUCAUUUAAACGAAGAAUAAAGCAGAAGAGAUGAUAUGGAAUCUCUGGGGUAUUUGUGGUUAUACUGCCUAAAGGGAUCACUGCCUUGGCAAGGACUGGAUGUAAAUAAUAGAGAAGAGAAAUAUGAAUUAAUUAAGACAAUCAAACAAACUAUUUCAAUUGAAGAUCUAUGUCAUGGAUUACCGAAUGAAUUUGUUAAAUACUUUCAACAUUGUAGACAGCUCAAAUUCGAUGAAGAACCUGAUUACAAGAGGUUUAAAAUGUUAUUUAGGGACUUAUUUUUUAAAUUAGAUUUCAUUUGGGAUUAUUAAUUCGACUGGAUAGAAUCACUCUAGCAAGAAUAAAUCUAAUCUAUCAUGCACACAAAAUAUAGUAAGAACUCGUUAUCCAGUCUUAAAGGAGGAAGUUAAAUUCUGAAGACUGAUGAGGAAGAUGAGGUCUAAGAAAAAAUUGAAUUCAAAAUUGGAGGGGAUUCUUAAAUAAAUUAAAAGAAUGUUAAACCGAUGUUAAAUUUAGAUAAACUAAUAAGCAAGCCGAAUUUAUUUGAAAGUAUCUUCAAAUGAUUAUAAUAUUAAAUUGAUAAGUUAUAUGUUAAAGACAAAGGAUAAGUAAUAUAAA